UGCACCAAUUGCGCGCACGUUGAAGAACGAUUAUAAAGCCAACUUUCAUGCAUCUCAAUUCACAGCAAUUCCCUCUCCAUCUUCCAUUCUACUUACUAACAACACAAAAACAAAAAGACUAGUAGUAUUGUAUUGUGUGCAAAUACAAAUACAAGUACAAAUGCAAUUCUAAGAACAAUUAGAAGAAAACAAGUAAAACCAAAAUGAGUUCUGAGCUAAUUCACAGAAACCAAACAAGAGAUCAAUCUGAGAUUCAAACCACAGAUUCACCAUCUUCUCCGCGUCGCGAGAAUUCGCAUCCGAAAACAAGAACCAUGCUGAGCCGAGCUCCGUUUCUCUUCAUUGGCAUCGCGAUUGCCACUCUCUUCUUCCACUAUCUCCCUUCCCGAUCCACUCUUCCUUCUAACGUCGACGACUCCACGUUGAUCGAAACCGAUUUGGCUCUUCCGACGAGGCGAGUUCUGUUGGAGGAACGCCGCACAUUGCAAGAGAGGAGACAGAGAGUGCCGUUGUCCGUUGGAUUGAAAAACAAGAAGAACAAGAGAGUGCUGAUAACCGGUGGCGCCGGUUUCGUUGGAAGCCACCUUGUGGACCGUUUGAUUGAAAGAGGCGAUAACGUGAUCGUGAUUGAUAACUACUUUACCGGAAGGAAAGAGAAUGUUAUGCAUCAUAUUGGUAAUCCGAAUUUUGAACUCAUUCGACACGACGUCGUUGAGCCGAUUCUUCUAGAAGUUGAUCAGAUCUAUCACUUGGCUUGCCCUGCUUCCCCUGUUCACUACAAAUUCAAUCCCGUCAAAACCAUCAAGACAAAUGUGGUGGGGACAUUGAACAUGUUGGGGUUGGCAAAGAGAGUGGGUGCACGAUUUUUGUUGACAAGUACGAGUGAGGUGUAUGGGGAUCCAUUACAACAUCCUCAAGCUGAGACAUAUUGGGGAAAUGUUAAUCCAAUUGGUGUGAGAAGUUGUUAUGAUGAGGGAAAGCGUGUUGCCGAGACUUUGGCUAUGGAUUACCAUAGAGGCGCUGGCAUUGAGGUGAGGAUUGCUAGAAUUUUUAACACAUAUGGACCUAGAAUGUGCCUUGAUGAUGGCCGUGUGGUCAGUAACUUCGUUGCUCAGGCAUUGAGGAAAGAUCCAUUGACUGUUUAUGGUGAUGGGAAACAGACAAGAAGCUUUCAAUAUGUUUCAGAUUUGGUAGAGGGCUUGAUGCGGCUAAUGGAAGGUGAACAUGUUGGGCCUUUCAAUCUUGGUAACCCUGGUGAAUUCACCAUGCUUGAACUUGCUCAGGUGGUGCAAGAAACUAUUGAUCCAAAUGCAAAGAUAGAGUUCAGACCAAACACAGAGGAUGAUCCUCAUAAGAGAAAGCCAGACAUCUCCAAAGCAAAAGAGCUUCUUGGAUGGCAACCAUCUGUGUCUCUCCGUCAGGGACUUCCUCUAAUGGUCAAUGAUUUCAGGCUAAGAUUAUUUGGUGACUCAAAGGUUAAUGGGGGCAAAGGUGCAUCUGCUGAAUAGAGUAAAACAGAGGUGGGAAUAAAGUUAAAAGAAACAAGUGAAAAUAAACAUAUAGGUACAACAAAAAUUUACUUAUUUGGCUUGUUUUGGAUCAAAUUAGAUAUAUAUACAUUACAAGUCAUUUGAUGAGAUUUAUAUACAUCUGGCAGAGAAAUAAGCAGCAUCCCCCGGAUCAUGGGAAGAAGAUGCACAUUUUUGUUGUAUUUUAUUAGUAUUUGUAUAACGUCAUUUACCUACAUAUUAUUGUGAAAUGAAGUUCUAUUUUAUUGUGUAAACAAUUCUUCAGAAAUUGGAUACAUCUCAAGUGUUAUUAGAUUAA